GAAUUAUUGGGUAAGCAUACUUUAAAAAUUAUAAAAAAAAAAAAAAAUCUUUAAAUAUAACAAAGCUGAACCGCAGAACUGCAGAAGCGUCACUAUCCGAAAACAAGAAGAUAAGGAAAAGUGAUAAAUAAAAAAUUCUCUCCUCACUUCUAAUUAGGACAAACAAAAAAUCUCCUAUGAAUAGCAAAUGACAAGAAAACACGUGUCGCUAACCUAUUUGCCCGCCUACAUUUUUCGGGCAAAUAUAUUCCUCGCAUGGUUUCUCCGUUGUUGUCACUUUUCCUUCCAUAAUGGACCACUCCUAUCUUCUGUCUCUGCUCCUCCUCACGUCGCUCCUUUCCUCGGCGAUCGCCUCCACCGAGUCUUUCGAUGAGGACCCUUUGAUCCGCCAAGUCGUAUCGGACGCCGAGGACCACCUGCUCAACACGGAGCACCACUUUACUCUCUUCAAAUCAAAGUACGGAAAGACAUACACCUCGCAGGAGGAGCACGAUUUCAGGUUCAGUAUCUUCAAGGCUAACCUCCGACGAGCCAAGCGCCAUCAGCUCCUUGACCCAAACGCUGUCCACGGCGUCACUAAGUUCUCCGAUUUAACGCCAUCAGAAUUCCACCGUCAAUUCCUCGGCUUGCAAAAGCUCCGUCUCCCUGUCGAUGCUCAUAAGGCUCCAAUUCUCCCCACCAACAACCUUCCCACAGAUUUCGAUUGGCGCGAUCAGGGGGCCGUCACCGCCGUUAAAGACCAGGGUGCUUGUGGGUCGUGCUGGUCGUUUAGUGCGACUGGAGCUUUGGAGGGAGCUCAUUACUUGGCCACAGGAGAGCUUGUGAGGCUGAGUGAGCAGCAGCUUGUUGAUUGUGAUCACGAGUGUGAUCCAGAAGAGUAUGGUGCUUGUGACUCAGGGUGUAACGGUGGGCUAAUGACCACUGCUUUUGAGUACACACUAAAGGUUGGUGGACUGGUGAAAGAAGAGGACUAUCCUUACACUGGGACUGACGGUGGUCCUUGCAAAUUCGACAAGAGUAAAAUUGCUGCCUCUGUUUCCAACUUCAGUGUCGUUUCCCUUGAUGAGGAUCAAAUUGCUGCGAAUUUAGUCAUGAAUGGUCCUCUUGCUGUGGGGAUCAAUGCAGUUUUUAUGCAGACAUACAUUGGGGGAGUUUCAUGCCCUUAUAUUUGCUCUAGGAAUUUGUUAGACCAUGGAGUGCUUCUGGUGGGGUAUGCAUCUGCUGGAUAUGCCCCAAUCCGGUUCAAGGACAAGCCUUUCUGGAUUAUCAAGAACUCUUGGGGAGAAAACUGGGGAGAGAAUGGAUAUUACAGGAUCUGCAGGGGACGAAAUAUAUGUGGGGUGGAUUCCAUGGUCUCAACUGUAGCUGCCAUGCGCACAACAGCACACUAGAUUCUUAUAAGUAUUUCAGACCUUCAGUAAAAGAGUGUAUCUAUGCUCAGUAGUGUCAAGAGACUCCUAUAGGAAUGCUCAGGGAAGAACAUAUAGUCAUAUGGUCCUGAUGUUGUGUGUGACUUAUGUUAUGUGUAGGAAAAUAAUAUGCUAAUGUUAUCUAGACUCAUGUUAUACGUAGGAAAAUAAUAUACUUAUGCCCUAGAU